UCGGGGGAGUCCUAUGUGUCUGGAAUCUCCAGCACCGAUAGCUCGCUUAGAGACUCCCUGGGCAGCAGUGGUGCCUACUCCAGGCAGUCCUCGGCUAGCUAUUCUCGUCUUUCGGACGUCAGCUUUGCUUCCUCCCGCCAGUCGACAGCGAGUUUCGACAAGGCGGCCAAGCGGAGGGGCUAUUCCAGGCCCCAGGCGACCGACUUCGCCGCCAGCGCGAAGCAACGAGAGAGUGUCUUGAGCUUGGGAAGCAUCAACCACCUUCAAUACUACUUUGCCCGCACCGGUCUGCUUGACGGCAAGGGUGCUCAGUUCGCCCGCAAGAAGAAUCCCCGCGCCACUCUCGACCUCUCCGACCUCGACCCAUCGACCUAUCUCAGCCCAAAGUCAAAGUCUCAAAGCAAUGACUCCUCCGAUCUGUCCGUGGAGAGCAAUAUGGACACCAGCCCACAUCCGUUUGAAGGGUCCAUGGUCGACUCACCAAUCGAAGACCACGAUGGCUUCUACUAUGACGAAUACGAAGCUCCAGAUCCAGACAUCCUCCCACCCACCACAAGCACGUACAUACACCGCGAGAAACCGGUCCCGAGGCCGCCAACAAUCGACGAGCUCAAGAGCGACCUCGGGCAAGCUCUGGACACAGCCAUGACCAGUCUGGACAGAGCUAUGGCGAAUGUAGACGACACGCCCCCGAGACCAGACGUCCCUUCUCCCGGCAAGACCCAGGGCUGGUUCGAAAUUCAGGGCAUGCAAGUUCUAGACGUUAUGACAUUGGCCAUACGUGCUGCGAAGAUGUACUACACGUCCCACGAAUAUCCCGACCGCUUGGACGCGAUCAAGUCUGAGCGAGAGAUCCGCACGGACCUUCUGGCCGUCAUGGAAGUGUUGAAGCAUAUGGCGACCAGGAAUUUCGCUGGCGGGAUCAAAGACGAUGAGCUCGAGACAAUGAGCUCAUGGAUCACUGGCAUAAGAGCCAUGGUGCAGAGGGACGAGGCAAUGGAGAAGGCGGAACGCGAUGAGCGUCUCCGUUGGGACUGGCUUGAGGGCGACUGGAGCGGCAGGGAGAUUGAGAGGGAGAUUGCCUUCCUGAAGUCAAUGGACGAUGAGGUAGAGCCGUUUCCCUCCUGGACCCCAGUCAGUGAGGCACACGAAGUCCCUACACCAUUCCUUGCCAGCUUUGCAGACGGUCUACGGCUAGUGAAGCUCCACAAUGCGGCUGUCAAAAAGUCGCCGCGUCGCUUUGGGGCCAUUCCGACAUUUCAUACCGACACCCAGAAGCCAUACCGGCAAGCCGAGAACUUGCGCUUCUGGAUCAAAGCGGCCGAACUGCGGUUUGAGAUUUUUCUCAAGGUUGACGUAAUGGGAGUAGUGUACAACAGCAAUCGACAGGUGUGGGUGGAUUUCGAAGCUGCGAUUUGGAAAUGGUGCAAGGCAGUUCGGGAGGAGAUUACCUUGGAAUGGAGCAAGUCAUGACAGGCUUCAUCGCCACAAAGUUCGAGCACACCACUCUAACGGGAAAGACGCUCUUUCCUUUUGCUGCUCUCGCAUGUUACACAUUUAUAUACCCCCCUAGCAUCCCACAAGCAUGCUACUCACGAGCUCAGCACCUCUCAUUCGGCCACGACAACUACGAAUCAUGAAGUAUAGAUUGGAUAUGGGUACGAGGUUCUUGGAGGAGAGAAUAUCUUUGCAAGCUUAAAUCAUAAUAUCACAUCCUUCCAAGCUCUAUACGUUCGCCGUGAAAGUUGCGGUCACAUUAAACAGGAUGACUAGUAGAAUGCUUUCCUGAGUGAGAGCGAUCCGAGCACCAGUUGAAGUGGGUUCACUUACAAAAGUUCAAUUGUAAUAUUGGGUAACUCAUCAAUGGUUUCUUUCUGUGCCUUUGUAAAAAUGUC